GGACUACAUUUCCCAGAGGCCUAGGUUAAGAUGCGUGUCUUUCUCUGUCCCACCUGGGCAGGCAGCCCUGGGGAGUGUGGAUGGUGUUUGGGAGCAGGAAGGGAGGCACUGCGGUGGAGGCCAGAGGCUUUUAGUAGCCCACUGGCUAGUGGCUGGCGACUGGGGGAGGCCUGUAGCCAUAAAUGCCCCUCAUCCUUGAUUGCUGGUAGAAAGAAAGCCUCGGAAAGCUCCAGCCAUGGAUAUAUUUGGAGACCUGCGGCGAAUGAACAAGCGCCAGCUCUAUUACCAAGUUUUAAAUUUUGCUAUGAUUGUGUCUUCGGCAUUAAUGAUUUGGAAAGGCCUCAUCGUUAUCACCGGAAGUGAGAGCCCCAUUGUAGUAGUACUCAGUGGCAGCAUGGAGCCAGCCUUUCACAGAGGAGACCUGCUGUUCUUGACAAACUUCAGAGACGACCCCAUCAGGGCCGGGGAGAUCGUGGUUUUUAAAGUUGAAGGAAGAGAUAUUCCAAUUGUGCACAGAGUAAUCAAGGUUCAUGAAAAAGAAAAUGGCAACAUCAAAUUUCUGACCAAGGGGGAUAAUAAUGACGUUGAUGACAGAGGCUUGUACAAAGAAGGACAGAACUGGCUGGAAAAGAAGGACGUCGUAGGCAGGGCACGGGGGUUUUUGCCAUAUGUUGGAAUGGUGACUAUAAUAAUGAAUGACUAUCCAAAAUUUAAGUACGCUCUCCUGGCAGUAAUGGGCGCCUACGUACUACUGAAACGAGAAUCGUAAAAGAAGAUGGGAUUGCCUUGCACAACUCAAGCGCAGAGAUCUAUGAAGAGAUACUAAUAUAUUUGAAACAUCCCUGUGUCUGUAUAUAGCAUUAUGUGAUGUGCAAACAACAUUGUGUUGCCAACAUGAAUUUUCUCCAUUCUAAAAAAAAUAGUCCUUAUGUGUAAACUUUCAUUGGGACGAGCUUUCUAAGUGUUCUUACAACUGCAGCCUCUAUGGAUUAUAGCACUCUCCAUUGCUGUUUGGGUCACGUUAUUGCUUUGGUUUUCUCCAUGUCCACACAAUUGCGGUUAACCGAGAACUGUGGUGCAGAAUUACUAGGAGGGAAGUGUUUGGGAACGGUUACUGUAUGCAGUUAUCAUAUGUAUGUGUUGGUCUGAUAAAAGAUUCCUAAAUUUUCCCCAUUAGCAUGUUGCAAUGAGUUUUCUGGGCUGUAUGGCAUUCUCUCCUGACAUUUUGCCCACAUCUAUGGCAGGCAUCCUCAGAGUUUGUGAGAUAUAUUGGAAACUAAGCAAGAGAGGUUUAUAUAUCUGUGGCAUGCCCAGGGUGGGAGAGAGAACUCAUGUUUGCUGGGAGGUGAGUGUGAAUGUUGCAAUUAAUCACCUUGAUUAUAGAGUCAUAGAAUCAAAGAGUUGGAAGAGACCUCAUGGACCAUCCAGUCCAACCCCCUGCCAAGAAGCAGUAAUAUUGCAUUCAAAUCACCCCUGACAGAUGGCCAUCCAGCCUCUGUUUAAAAGCUUCCAAAGAAGGAGCCUCCAUCAUACUCCGGGGCAGAGAGUUCCACUGCUGAACGGCUCUCACAGUCAGGAAGUUCUUCCUCAUGUUCAGUCACAGUCAGGAAAUUCUUCCUCAUGUUCAGUAGCAUUGCAAAGCCUUGCAGGCUCAAGGUCUGGCUGAAUCCUGCCUGGGAGAAAAGCUGGCCCUGAUUGUUUUAUGUCUGGAAUUCCCCUGUUUUCAGAGUGUUGUUCUUUAUUUACUGUCUGAAUUUUAGAGUUUUUUAAAUACUGGUAGCUAGAUUUUGUUCAUUUUAAUGGUUUGCUUUUUCUGUUUUCUAAAAUUAGAACAGUAAAUAAAGAACAACACACUGAAAACAGGGGCAUUCCAGACAUGAAACAAUCAGGGCCAGCGAACACCUACCAACAAAGGAUUCCCUCAGGCAGAAAGCAGCCAAACCUUGAAGCUGCAAGGCUUUGCAAUUCUAAUCAAGGUGAUUAAUUGCAACAUUCACACUUGCCUCCAACAGACAAUAGUUCUCUCUCCCACCCUGGACCUUCCACAGAUAUAUAAGUCUUCCUUGCUUAGUUUCCAAUAUACCAUUUCAAUGGCUUCUCAGUGUAGUCUGACAUGGCAGUUGUUAGAGUGGUCCAGCAUUUCUGUGUUCUCAAAUAAUAUGCUGUAUCCAACAGACCUCACAACCUCUGAGAAUGCCUGCCAUAGAUGUGGGUGAAACAUCAGGAGAGAAUGCUUCUGGAACAUGGCCAUACAGCCUGGAAAAUUCACAGUGACCCAGUGAUUCCGGCCAUGAAAGCCUUUGACAACACAUUUUUCCUUAUUAGCCCAAAACAGCUAAUAGUGAAAUGCACUAGCCAGAUCAUGCUCCAAAUAUUUCCUUCCUUCAUUGAUUCAUGAAUGAAAGCGAAAGGUUCCUAGUCACUAUUUCUUAAGAAGUAGCCUACCACCAGUUCAAGAGAUCUCUAUCUUUCCUCGAGCAUUUCUUGCCCAUUCUUCUGAAUGAGUUCACCAGAUAUCCCAGUGUCUCAUCCCUGUUCGCAGAACAACCUUUCAAAAGUAAACAGCAGGUUGUUAAACAAAGGUUUUUGCAAGCGUGCUGCUAUUAAAACAAGCUCCCGAGGAAGGUCCACAGAAGUGCUCUGUGAAAUGGCAUCCCUGGGUUAUAUAAUACUAGAGCUUGUUGUAGAUGAAAUAUAAUUUUGUAAAGCUGCUCACAGUCCUCCACUCAAUUGUUAAUUGUCUUGAGAGCACUCUUGCCCUUUGAGGCCCGUUCUUGGCAUUUCACAACCCUUUUGUGGCCUUAGAAAAGUCCCUUUAAUCUUGUGGAUAAUUUUAUUUUUCAGGACUAUUUCUCGCGUUUUGCAUAAUCACGGAUACAAACCUGUCAAUUCCACAUUCCAUCUGCCUUUUGAAUAAAAGGGGGGAAAAGGAAACUAUCAAUUGCUAAAUCGAUCUGAUAAUGUUAAAUGGGGUAGGUUCUUUUGUUAUGAAAUGCGAUGCCCCAAAAUAUCUCUUCCUUUGUCUUAUCAUGCUAUGCAAAAAUAUCUUGAAAAGAUCGAUGUCUUGUUUAUAUGACUUGAUUGAUUUUAUUACGGUCUUUUGCAGUAUCAUUUUCAUGCUUGGCUGCUUAGAAAUAAUGUUGGCCUUCUA